UUGCCAAUUUAUUUGUCAAUCUGUAAACUAGAAACUAUGUACCUAAAAGUGCAAUAAAAUUGAACGUGUCGGCUUUUUACAAGUUUGGUCGAAACUAAACAAUAUAAUAAAUUAAGAUUGAGAAUAUUAGUACAUGUUUAACAUACCUCUGGUUUAGAUGGAUGUGUUUAAUGUUUAAGACUUGGCAGUAAUAUUAUAACGUACCUUUAAUAUUGUACACCAUCCGUGGUAUUUUUAGGUUAGGCAUCGAUUUUAAGGAAAAAUGAAUACAAACAGACCGUGGAUGAAUAAUAAACGUGAUCGCAAUAUGCGAGGAGGUUUUAGAGGGGGCCGAGGAGGUCCAAGAGGCUGGUCUGGUAAUCAAAGAGGUUUUAAAGGUACGUGGGGCAGCUUUGACGGCCCCAGUACUGGUAAUAAGUUUCAAAAUAAUUAUGCUCCUAAUAAGGGUCAGUGGAAAAAGAGAGAUACUCCUGGGAAGCGACUCUCUGAAGCAGAUAUCGGUGUUACAGAGUAUGUUAGUAAACAUGAAGGAUUUAAUGGAAUUAUUAAGUCAAGAUAUUCUGAUUUUCAAGUAUCAGAAAUAAAUGAACAGGGUGAGAUAGCUAAGCUGACAUGUACGAAGCCGCCACCGGCCCCAGAAGAAGAGGCUGUUAGUGAGGAUGAGGACCUCCUCCUCUCUAAGUAUAACUUGGAGAUCUUACCCAUGGAGACUUGGGAUAAGAUUAAUACACUAGCUGUGAGCAAAGAUCCUGAGCCAGAUUGUGUUGAGAUUGACAUGGAGGGAGUGACAAAGGAACAGAGGACUAAGAUACAUGAUGCAGUGAAGAAAGCGUUUGGUGACAUCAUCGUGGGCAGCACUGUCAAUAUUGAAGACAAGAAACUGAUGCGCUUCCAGAAGUUUAAAAAAGGAGUACGCAUAGACAACAGAGUCAAGUGGACAUGGCCAGCUGAAUAUGUGCACUUCAUCGUGCACAAGGAGAACUGUGAUACAAUGGAUGCGGCUAUGCGUAUUGCAGAACGAAUAGGGGUGCAUGUGAAACCAUCGAUGUUGGGUUACGCGGGUACGAAGGACCGUCGCGCCAAAACGUCGCAGUGGUUCAGCGCCCGGCGACUGGACCCGCGUCGCUUUGUAGCGGCCACUCGGUACCUCAAAGACAUACACGUUGGGAACUUCACUUUCAAGAACCACAACUUGAAGUUGGGCAUGCUUCAGGGUAACAGAUUCCGCAUUGCACUCCGCAAUGUAACAGCUUCAGAUGAGGUGGUGAAUACUGCCUGUAAGGACUUGCAGGAACAUGGUUUCAUCAAUUAUUAUGGACUACAGCGUUUUGGCACUCGAGUCGAAACACCUACAUUCAACAUUGGCUUGAAACUGUUGCAAGGAAACUUCAAAGACGCCAUCGAGCUGAUCCUGGACUGCCGCGAGGGUCCGCUGGCGGGCGCGGCGGCGGCGUACCGUGGGGGCGCGGCGGCCGGCGCGCGCGCGCUGCCGCGGCGGCUGGCCGUGCCCGAGGCGCGGCUCCUGCGCGCGCUCAGCGACGCGCCCAACGACCUGCUCGGCGCGCUCGGGAAACUCGCGCGGAACACUCGCCUGCUCUACCUGCACUCCUACCAGUCCCUGCUCUGGAACAAAGCCGUGUCGGAACGACUGCGCAGGCACGGACUCAAACCCGCCGUAGGGGACCUCGUGCCUCUCGCCAAUAUUGACAAAGAAGAUGAAUUCGAGGAUGAGGAUUCAGAUGCAGAAGAAAAUCAAGCUAAUGACAAAGACAAUAAGCAGCAAGCAAACAACAGUCAAAUUGAAGUGAAGAACGAGAAAGUAAGUAUCAAGAAAGAAAGGACAUCGUCACAAUCAGAACAAUGUAAUCUCAAGGACAAGGAGAAAGACAAAAAGAACUCACCCAAGGACGAGGAAAAGCCAAAAGUACCGGUGAAGAUACUGACACAAGAAGAUGUGGACAGUGGGAAAUAUACCAUGGCUGAUGUUGUCAUGCCCCUGCCCGGGUACUCCGUGGACUACCCGCCUAAUAUGUUAGACUAUUAUGAAAAGCUGCUCAGUGAAGUUGGUCUAACUUUGGACAUGAAGCAUAAAAUCAAGAGUUACCGCCUAUGUGGCGCGUACCGGCGCGUGGUGGUCCGUCCGCGCGACGUGUCGUGGCGCACGGUGCGCUACUCCGACCCCUUCGCCGACCUCAUCGCCUCCGACCUCGACGAACUCACCAACAACGCCAUCACCGCCAUCCGAGACGAUGGCAAAUACAGAGCCCUUCUACUCAACAUGACGCUGCCCGCAAGUUGUUACGCAACGAUGGCGUUAAGAGAGUUGCUCAAAGUGGACACUUCGAGUGAUAACCAAGCUUCUCAGAAUAAUUACCAUAAAUCUCGUAAGACUUCAACUACAGAUGAAAAUGAGGGAGGAGAGAAAAAGAGGAAGGAAGCUGACAGUCCGGAGAAAGCUAAAGGUGCUGACAGUGCAGAGAAAGCAAACGAAGCUGACAGUGCAGAGAAAGAAAGUACUGACAGCAUAGAGAAAAUAAAGGUGGAAAAUGACAGCGAAAUUAAAUUGGAGAUUGACGCUGACUGUGGAGAGAAACGCAAGAUGUUGAGUGAGAGUGAGCAGACAGAAGAUGUAAAGAGACAAAAAGUUGAUGAAUAAAUAAAUAAAAAGAUUUUAUUUUAAUGUUGAAA